AUUAGAGCAUAUUCUCUUAAUUAUAAUGAAAAUAUUAUUCGAAUAUAUGGAUUAUCUCAAAAUCCAGAUACAAAAGAUUAUAUUAUAGUUCUAGGUUAUGCAAGUGGAGGAAGUUUAUAUUACCAGUUAAAUAAAAAUUAUGAUAAAUUUAAUUGGACAUUUAAAUUAGAUUUAAUAUUGAAUAUUAUUAUAGGACUUAAAAAUAUUCAUCAAAAACAAAUGGUUCAUCGUGAUUUUCAUGUAGGAAAUUUAUUAG